GUUCUUCACAGCCAUAAGGAGGCCAUCGAAACGAUUGAGAAGAAUAAGAAAUUGAACUUAAUUGCCAUUAAUUGUCACAACAGUUUAGUUAAUAAUGGCUUCUAUGAGGUUCGAUGGCAGCCGAGGAUCAACGCUCGCAAAUACAUAUACGUCAUCGGAGGUAUGCAUCAGUCGACCCAUCGCUGGAACGAUUCAAAGCCAGUCGCUAUCACCGAACGAUUAGAUAUACUUCGGGGCCAAUGGAAGGCAUUACCCACUCUUCAAUAUCCUCGUAGUUGUCAUUGCAUAGCAGUACUGAACGGCCAGUUGUAUGCGGCGGGCGGUGAAUGCGAUUCUCUUAUAUUAGACAGCGUUGAAGUCUAUGACCCGCAGAACAAUGAGUGGACAAAAGGGAAGAGUCUGCGUCAGCCCCGGUCCUGCUUCGGCAUGUGUGCCGUCGACUCAUACAUAUACGCGUUCGGCGGUUGGAUCGGCAAUCUUGUCGGCAAUAGUAUCGAGCGCUUCGAUCCCAUCACUAAUGAAUGGAAUUUUUACGAUAAGUUACCCGACAUUAGAUUCGCGAUGGGAGUGAUCGCUGUCGAGGGACUCGUUUAUAUCAUCGGAGGCUUUAACGAACAGAACCGGGUUUUAAGAAGUGUUGUUAGUUAUAAUCCAGUGACCCAUGAAUUCAAGAGCUUAUGUGAUAUGAUUCAAAGCAGGGCUUACUUCGGGUGCACUGUUUUGCACGGAAUGAUAUACGUUGUCGGCGGUACUAAUGAUAACAACGCCGCCCUCUCCAGUGUCGAGCGAUAUAACAUUAAUGAAAAUGUAUGGUCGCGAGUGUCAAACACCCCCAAACCGCGCAUCUCUUCGUGUGCCUGUGCUGUCAAUGAAUUCUAUGACCCGCAGAACAAUGAGUGGACAAAAGGGAAGAGUCUGCGUCAGCCCCGGUCCUGCUUCGGCAUGUGUGCCGUCGACUCAUACAUAUACGCGUUCGGCGGUUGGAUCGGCAAUCUUGUGGGCAAUAGUAUUGAGCGCUUCGAUCCCAUAACUAAUGAAUGGAAUUUUUACGAUAAGUUACCCGAUAUUAGAUUCGCGAUGGGAGUGAUCGCUGUCGAGGGACUCGUUUAUAUCAUCGGAGGCUUUAACGAACAGAAUCGGGUUUUAAGAAGUGUUAUUAGUUAUAAUCCAGUGACCCAUGAAUUCAAGAGUUUAUGUGAUAUGAUUCAAAGCAGGGCUUACUUUGGGUGCACUGUUUUGCACGGAAUGAUAUACGUUGUCGGCGGUACUAACGAUAACAACGCCGCCCUCUCCAGUGUCGAGAGAUAUAACAUAAAUGAAAAUGUAUGGUCGCGAGUGUCAAACACCCCCAAACCGCGCAUCUCUUCGUGUGCCUGUGCUGUCAAUGAAUGUCUGCUCGUAUUCGGGGGCAAAACCUCUGGCGACGAAUUCUCUAUUCCCGUAACAUUAGAUUCUGUGGAUAUCUUUGAUCCGGAAUCGAAUAAAUGGAAUGAAAGCAUUCCUCUUCCGACCAGUCGUUCCGAAGCGGCCGUCGCUGUCAUUUGAGACGACAAAUGAAUUCAUUUUAAUUAUAGAAUACUUUUUAUUAAAUAUAUUUUCAGUAUUAUAACAAUCCGUCAAUUAUUGAGCGCUUAGUUUUUUGGAUCAAUUCUACAAAAUAUAACAACUCUGAGAAUUGUGAACAAAUCGUUAAAAACCAAUAGCCUAUUAACGAUAAAGUGCUGAACACUAUUGACUAUUUGACUGAACACUACAUGUGAUGUCUACAAAUGUCUACAAAUUAUGAUAGUUUUAAUUCAUAUAAAUUUUAAAUCAAAGCAAAUAAUCAUAAAAUAGAGUAUAUUUUCUCAAUAAUUAUAUCAUCAAAAACACAACAUUUUGAGAGUAUUAUUAAGUUUUCGAUUGUUAAGACACAUAACUUUCUGUGCUCUCAAACUUUGUUCAUUGUAU